AUGCCCUGAUGCCUCUCUUCAGCCUGAUGCCCUGCCAGUUGACUCGAUGCCCGCUGUUGAUCCAGAUGAUCCGGUACCUGAUCCGGUGCCCGCUGUCGAGCCAAAUGACCUGAUGCCUGGUGACCCAGUGCCCGCUGUCAUACCUGGUGACCCGAUGCCCGCUGUCGAGCCAGACAAUCCGGUACCUGAUGACCCGGUGCUCACUGUCGUGCCUGUUGACUCGGAGCCCACUGCCUUGCCAGAUGACGCGGUGCCCGCUGUCGAGCCAAAUGACCUGAUGCCUGGUGACCCGAUGCCCGCUGUCCAGCCAGACGAUCCAAUGUCUGACCCAGUGCCAGCGGUCAUCCCAGUUGACUCGGAGCCCACGGUUGUGCCUGGUGACUCGGUGCCCGCCGCCCUGCCUGGGGGCCUGAGACCUGUCGUUCCGCCUGGGGGUCCGGCACCCGCCACUCCGCCUGAGGGUCCGAGACCUGUCGCUCCGCCUGGGGGUCCGGCGCCCGCCGCUCCGCUUGCCGCUUGAGGGCCCGAGACCUGUCGCUCCUCCUGGGGGUCCGGCGCCCGCCGCUCCGCCUGGGGCCCGAGACCUG